UGUGUGGAGGGGAGGUAGGAGCCUGAACCUAGGCACCCCGCAGGGACCCCCACGCACCAGGCCAUCUCCAGAAGCCAUGAGAGGCAUCCGUCUCGUCCUGCUGGCCAUCCUGCUGAGCCUAGAGCAUGCUCUGAGCCUGCAGUGCUACAGCUGCAGUGGCAUCAAGGACAGCGGCGAGUGCCAGCACAUCACAUGCUCAGGCGUCUGCUUCACGAGCGACAUGACCAUGACUGUGGGCAAUGAGAGGAUCGAGUUGCAGUCCAAGGGUUGCAGCCCUUCAUGCGGCCUAGUCUCUGAAUUACUGAAGCAGCUGGUGGACUCAAGCACCCUAGACACGGGGCUGCUCCCUGGAAAGCUGGAGGUGCAGGAUACCACCUGCUGUGAGAAGGACUUCUGCAACCGGGUGGCCUGCAUGGCACGCAGCCCCUGGGACCUGGCAGGGGGGCUCCUGCUCAGCCUGGGGCCUGCCCUGUGGGCCCUGCUAUGAGGACCCCUCCAUCUGACAUGGCCCCACCCACUGCAAGCUCACCCUCCCACACGCGCACACACUCACAUCCAUGAGCGCUAGUCAGCCACGGACCUGCCCAGAGGCCCAGGGGAGGGGGCCAGCUGGCUCCACCCUGCACCAACCCUCGGCCACUCCUGCCCACCACCUGGCUGCCCAGCCUCAGGUGCCCAAUGCCCAGCCUUGCCAACAAGCUAUCAGUUAACCACUGGCCCAGGAUGCAGA